AUGGGUGAGCUGAGUGUGGCACCACACACUUGGGCCUUCAUGCUGAGCACGGCUGCCAUCACGCCCGAGGAUCUUGAAGGCCUUUUCUUCGGGCACGAUCCCAUGCAUGUCUGCAGCUUCCGGCUGUUGGGCAGUGCCGGCAGCGGCACCGACAAGGCUACGGCCGUUCUCUCCCAGUUUGCACAAGAGCUCGUGGCAGAGCAAAUGAGGAAAGGAUUCAGGCUUCUGGGGUGGUGCAAUCUUCGCAGCGCUCCGUUUGAUGAACUCUCGCUCAAUUCGGAGGAGAGGAGGCUUCACCAGGCAGUGAAGACGGCUUCUGAUGCUUUGGCUGGGGCAGAUGCACCCUUCGCAGGCUGCCUAGUUCUUCGGCCACCCAGAGACAAGAACGACAAGGGCAAGUUUCAGCAGUCCGCCGUCGCUUUCGGGACGAGUUUGCAGAGAGUUCCUCUUAAAGUGCGGCACUUGUCGACCCAAACUUCCCCGUCGGCCGAGCAAGUAAACGGCGAAUUGAAAGAGCUGAUGGCUGCUUGCACCGCAGAUCUACGAGAUGAUGUUACCGAUCUAGACACGAUUGUAUGCAAAGCUUUGGCGGAGUGCGAGAGAACGGAGCAGAAGAUUCUGCCGCAGGUGAAGCGCCUCAGGGCGGCCCAACACGCUGCCUGGUCGGAGAAAAGCACGCAGCGCGCGUGA